UAGUCUUAAAAUAUUAAAGAACAACAAUCAUGUUUAAAGUAUUGUGUGUACUGUUCGUCAUCGCUAUUGCAGCUCAAUGCCAAGAGCUGACCAGCUGCAAAUGUUGGGAAGACUACUCACCAAACCUUAUCAACGGAAGCCCCAAAUGCGUCAACAAUUUGUUCUUCCACGUGGUUCCAUGCGAUUUGACUAAAAAACCUAGAUGCGUAUGUACUGGAAGUACUGGCAUUGUCACAAGCGGCAAUGGUGCAGUUUGGUGUUCUGUUUUUGAACCUGGUAAAGAUCUGAAGAGAUGGGAGUGCGAAAACAAAGCCGAAUGGAAAGCAUACUUUGCAGCUAAUCCUGAGGAAGAAUAUAAGCAAUACAACUAAGUGUUUUGAGUAUGUAACAGGGCUUAAUAAAAAUGGAAAAUAAAGCAUGAAUGAAAAUAC